UGCCUUUGUUAAUAGGGAGGUGGGAAUAAAUCAAAAUUGGUUUUAAUGUACAAUCUCGUGGAUUAUUUCUCAAUUAAAAGAUUAUUUAGUUUGAAAUUAAACAUGCGUCCCUUCUCCACUUUGCUUAAACCGUCCUUUGAACCUCUGCGAGGAGUGUCAGGAGCAUCCAGAGAAGUCUAAUAAACACCUGGUGUUGCGUCCAACACCAGGUGUUUAUUGGAUUACUUCCGGAAAACUUUUCCAACAGAAGCUUCGCGUUCUCUGCGCCCGUUCUCUCUGUGUUGGUUCCGCGUUCUUUACGGUCAGGACGACGUCACGCCUCUGCUCUGAUGUCACCGGCAAAGUAUGAAUUAGACGCAGACAGGUGUUCAGGCUCCGCCUACCACCUGGCAGGCAUAAAAAAACGCCGCGGACAGGUGCAGCGCAGACUACGGUGAGUGAAGAAGAUGGAGAUGAACGGGACCGAGCUUCACCUGUCCGAGUACGGCUUCGAGCGGCGCUUCGACGAGCGCGGAGCGAUCCGGUGGAUGCAGGAGAACUGGAGUAAAUCCUUCAUGUUCAGCGCUCUUUAUGCUGCCCUGGUGUUUGCAGGCCAGCACUACAUGAAGCCCCGCCCCAAAAUGAACCUGCGGCUACCACUGGUCCUCUGGUCACUUAGCCUGGCUGUGUUCAGCAUCAUCGGAGCAGUUCGGACUGGUUCAUACAUGCUACACAUCCUUAGCCAUGGUGGUUUCAGACAGUCCAUCUGUGAUCAAAGCUUCUACAAUGGACCCAUCAGCAAGUUUUGGGCAUAUGCUUUCGUCCUGAGCAAAGCUCCAGAGCUUGGUGACACGGCCUUCAUCGUGCUGCGGAAGCAGAAGCUCAUUUUCCUGCACUGGUACCACCAUAUCACCGUGCUGCUCUACUCCUGGUACUCCUACAAGGACAUGGUGGCUGGCGGCGGCUGGUUCAUGACCAUGAACUACACCGUUCACGCAUUCAUGUACAGUUACUACGCGGCACGUGCCGCCGGUCUGCGCGUGCCCCGCCCCUUUGCCGUGCUCAUCACCAGUUCUCAGAUCGCACAGAUGGUCAUGGGCGUGACUGUGAGCGCGCUGGUGUACCGCUGGAUGCAGCAGGGCGACUGUCACUCCCGCCUUGACAACAUCACCUGGGCCACGCUCAUGUACCUGAGCUACCUGCUGCUCUUCUCCAACUUCUUCUACCAGACCUACCUGCGCCCCCUCCCCAAGACCACCAAGACUCAGUAAAGGCCCGAACCUGAAGUGUCAGAUCUGCAAAAACGCACUAGAACAACUUUCAGUUCCUCUGAAAACUCCCUCAGGAGAAGUGCUAUUUCUGACAAAGAACCCUCCCCCACCAUGACUGUACGCCCACUGGCAGAACCAGAACUUGGACUGAGUCUGCAGUUUUUACUGAACAGUGUUUACGCACAAGUCUUUAAGGACCCCCAGCUGAAAAUAUAACCAUUUCUAUUUAUACUGUUUUUAUUUAAUGAAAAGUGUUGAACUUUUUUCAGUUUCUUGAAUGACAUUCUGAAACUCUAAACGCUGUCUGUCAAUCUGAUUUAUAACAAUCUGAUUGACUCUGAGGAGCGAACCCUGAGAAACUCCACCCCUUCCUUCUAACUGGCACAUGAUGGCGCUAAACUGGUCGCCUGAGCCUCCUUCAUGUGCUGUCUGAGUGACCACGUGUGUGGCUCCGCCCACAGGGCUGUGUGAUUUCUGGUCGUGUCUGAGUUUGGAUGGAAAAGCAGUGUUGGCGAGAAACGAUGAAGACAUUCUUCCCGCAUCAACACACUUCUGUGAAUAGUCUCAAAGAAGGACAAAUGUUUAAUAUUUAAAUUAUUGAAAAUAAAAGUUUUUUUUUUAUUGUAAAGCUUGUGAGGAGUUUUAUUUUAAGAUUGUAAGGUCAGAACAUGAAAACUGCUUUAUUGAAUUAAAGCGGCUGAGGAAGAUCAUUGUAUUGUCUGCUCAAGCUGGGUAAGGAUUGUUCUCUCGGUUCAGCUUCUUCUGUCAAGCUUCACGUGGCCUAAAACUGGACCUAAGCCUGUUUACGUGACAUUAAUAGAUCUAAUCUAAAUGUUUAGCUUUUUUUUCAACCAUAGAAAACUUCCCCAAUAAAGUUAGACCAUCAA